AUGUCAAAUUCACCACGCAUUCCAAGAUCUACUGACCUCCCACCAUCGUAUGAAACGUCAGUUUCUGGCAAUACAUCGAGAGUUGCGUCUCCAUCACCUACUCGGGCCAAUGGGAAUAGUCGCUCUGCAAAAAAUGUACCUUAUCAGCCAUCACGAGAGCAACAGCAACAGAUUAACAUAUUGACAAAUGCACGUAACAACUCAUCAGCUACGAAUCUAGUGGCAACUACAUCAAGCAACACACAAACAGAGUAUUUUGAUAUUCUACCGUCAUUUGAAAUGUUUCAGAGUAUUUUGAAAAGAGAUGACCAGCAAUUCCAGGAAGACCUCACAACUGUUCCCCCGAGAUAUGGAGAUACGGCCCAUAGUAGAUCCAGUCGGCCCACCUCACCACGAUUACAUGCACAACUGUCAAUUGAUCAGAACUUACUGCAAGUCUCUAGAAGAUUAGAGGAUACGUUGCAGAUGGAACGGGAUAGACAACAAGAACAGAUGCACGAGCAUGCGAUGGUCUUUGUUGACGAGACAGGGUUGAUGCCAGUGACGAGUACUGCUGAUGCGAAUUCGCAAGUUCACAAUGAGAACUUGGCAAUCACUAGUGAUAGCUAUGGCCACUCACCAUUGGACAAUAUUGAUCGGUUGCAAAAGGCAACCAAAUCUCCUUUUGAUAUACAAAUCUUUGUUACAAAGGAUGUGCCCAGACCCAAUCAAGAAAACGAACUAGAGACCAAAUUAAAAGAGUAUACAAAUGGUGAUCAUGUCAAUGGAUACGUUAUUGUGACCAAUACAUCGAGUAAACCUGUAAAAUUUGGUCUCUUUACUGUGUCAUUGGAAGGCACAAUCAAGUCUCUAGAGCGAAGUGCAAACCCAUUACAGCAGAGGUAUCGCAAGAUCUUGAUGAAAAAGAUUUUGAAAAUGUACGAUUUAUGUGCCGGGUACAGCUAUGGCUAUGUACCGAGUAGCGCAGGGAUUGAAUUUGUUCCAUUUACUGAGGAUAGUUACGACGGUUGUGAGAUUGGAUUACCGGAUGAUCGAAUUUUGCAACCGCACCGCAAAUACAAAAAGUUUUUCACAUUUAGAUUCCCACAAAGGUUACUUGACAAUGAUUGUCCCGAUGCAAUAUUCCUGCACUUGCUUCCACCGCCAUCGGUAGGUGUAGACAAAACAUCUUUUUAUAAUCGAGGUGAAGGCAUUGUCAUCAACAAAGCUCUCGGGUAUGGAUCGUUGAAUUUGCGAGGAACACCGAUUUUGACCAAGGAUUAUAGUUUUGAGGAUAUGAGCGUUUCAUACGCCGUAGAGGCAAAGAUCAUUGACAAUGUGCGGACAAAGGAUGCAGUGUCCCACGAUGAGAUCAAUGAUGCAAAGCGACAGGACUAUGUUAUUUCGAAAAGUGCACAAUAUUAUUUGCGCUUUAUCCCUGAGCAGAUUCCGUUUCAAGGCAUUUCAAAUGCAAGAAAAUUUUUGGAACAGUAUCAAGAUGAUCAAACAUGGAUGUCUAUACGAGAGCAAAAUAACCGGCUUGAAAAGGAUAUUGAAAAGAAACUUACAGGUAAUGUUUCAGUUGAAGAGAUGAAGAUGAAAAACCUUCGAAUUAGCGAAUCACAUAAUUCAUUGAGAGAUGUGAAAACGAAAAAAAGGCAAAGGCCAAGAGGAAGAGGAAGAGGAAGAGGUACUAGUGGUGGAUUCAACGUUGAUGAUAAUGGAACUAAUGUUAAUAAGAACAAUAGUAACCAUAAUUAUAAUAAUAUUAACAACAAUCAUGGUAAUAAUCGCGAAGGAGAGGAAUUAGGAGGAGAAGACGGAGAAGAAGAGGAGGGCGUGUUAGAUGAAUAUGAAGAUAAUAAUAGCGAUAGCGAUAUUGACGAUGGCUCAUAUAUCAGUACCAAUCAUCCUAUUGAAAUAUACGGAAAGAAAAAGAAAAUGAUGAUGUCUUCUUUGGUAAAGAUUGGAGAACUGACUAUGCGCGUUAAGGUCCCCAACGGCGUUUUGGCGUAUUCGGCUCCGCGUUUACUAAUGAAGUAUAACGAAGUGUCCAUGGAGCGUGUUUACAAUCAACAUACCGAAGAGGUUUUAAAACACAUUGAUGCACAACUUACAUUUGAAGGUAAUUCCCGACCACAGAUUGUUUCUAUUGAGACCAACAUUGUUAUCUGGUCAUACUCAACUGAUUAUCCUAUCCCAUUUGACAUUGCGUAUGAUUUCUUUUACAAGAAUCACGAUGGCACUGUUCCCCUGACUGAUCCAGUGGUUACAACUACGAAAAACUUGCAAUUUUUGAAAGAUCAAGUUGCUCAUUAUAUCGAGUUUGUCAAGGAUAGUGGGAUUGAGUUGGACAAAGAGUCAUAUAUAUACUUAAAAUCUGCACAAAAACUACGAGUAAAAAAAGAUAUUAUCCGAGACUAUUUCAAGCCAACAUCAAUCAGUGAUGAUAAAUGGGAUGUCCAUAAACUAAACAAUAUUCGUUGGACUCAAAAAUUGAAAAUCCCUUUAGUAGUGGAGAAUCAAAGAAACGAAAACUUGUUGCCUACAUUCCAGAGCUGUCUUACUGGAAGACUCUAUUGCUUACAAAUUGCAGUAAAGUUCAAAGGUGCAAGUCAAGAAGCUAAUGAGUUUGCACAUAAUGUCGUUAGUGUCGAUGUGCCAAUCUUAGUUGGUUGA